CUUGUAAUGCGUAACCUCUGAACGCGAUAAUGUUAUCGCCGUGUGAAAUAAUAUCUUUCUGCACUUUGAAAGCGGAGUUGCGUGAUGGAAGACGAAAUGAGGAACGCUCCAUCACAUAACUUCAAGGCUUACCUUCCACAGAUCUACGCCACUCUGGUGAUCUGUUUCGUGUACAUGUCAGUUGGAGUUGGGGUGGUUUACUCGGCGGUUCUUGUUCCGCAGCUGAAAGAUGGUGUACACGCGCUCCACGUUACGGACACCGAGCAGUUGUGGAUAGUGAAUUGCAUAAGUCUGGUCAUUCCGCUACUGUCGGUCCUUACCGGUUUGGUCACGGAUAAAUGUGGGCGGCUUUGCGUGCUGAAACUCACGGUGGUGCCUCACGUUGUCGGCUGGGUCACUAUUGCUUUAGCAAAAACCAGCGCAAUCGUUAUGGUUGGACGAGUAAUAACUGGACUGAGCAUAGCCUUUCAAAUGGGACCUUGCUUUGUUUACAUCUCCGAGAUUAGCACUCCCAAAAUUCGAGGAGCACUACUAGCAAUGCCGGUUGUAUUCUUCGGGAUAGGAUCACUUCUGACAAACCUCAACGGAUACCUUGCGUCUUGGAGAAUGGUAGCCUGGUUCUCAUGCUCUUACGGUGUGGUAGCGAACAGCCUGUUGUACACUCUUCCAAACAGUCCCUCGUGGUUAGUAUCGCGAAACCACAUCGAUGAAGCCAAAAAGUCCUUGACAUGGCUUAACAAGUAUCUGACCAACGAUCCAAUCCAACUGGAACAGUUGGUAGAGCAUGAAGUGUCGAAGAUGGGAAACGAACAGGAGCACAAUAAAGCGACCAAUACACUCCAAAUGGUUUGUCUUCCAAUUGUAUACAAACCUCUUAUAAUUUUAACCAUGGUUCUACUCUUCCAACAAUUCUCUGGUGUAAACGUUCUUCUGAUGAAUACUGUCAUCUUCUUUGACAAGAUCGGCACCAAACUGGAUCCUUACUUAGCCUCAAACUACUUGGCAAUAGUACGUCUGGGCAUGACGGUACUCUCGGUAUGGCUUAUGAAAAAGUACGGCCGACGCCCACUACUGAUGAUCAGUUUCUUCGGAAUGGCUGUGUCGAUGGGAAUUUCUGGGCUGUAUACCAAGUGGAUUGCCGACGGCGUCACCGAAUACCUGCAGGUGCCGUUAUAUAUGCUGGUCAUAUAUACCAUAAGCACCACGUGUGUAAUGAGCAUACCUUUCUCGCUCUGUGGAGAAAUCUUCCCUCUUCGCGUGCGUGGAAUUGCCUCGAACACUGCGUUGGGACUUCUCUUCGUAUUUUCUUUCGCCUCCGUGUCCAGCUACCAAGGUAUGCUAACCGCGCUCGGCGGCUUGCACAAUCUUCAGUAUUUUUACUCGGUCAUGGCAUCGGCCGGCGUUGCGUUCACGUUUCUAUUCGUACCGGAAACGUUAAACAAGAGACUGUCCGAGAUUGAACCUUUCUUCUGGACGCAUACGCUAGCGAUUACAAAACAACAAAAAACGCCGACCUCUAGCAUGAGCGUUUAAAUUAAGGGCUACUACGGUAGCUAAUGAGCGUUGUUUGUAUGCGAAAUAAAUGCUCGAAUCAUU